GCACGGCACAUUUCAGCGAAACUAUUAUAUUUUAUGAGUGACAAAUGGUUGAAAUUAUACUACUUAGAAGUUGAGGAAAUACUCGGUCUGACAAAAUGCAUACAACAACACGAUACUGAUUUUUUAAAAGUAUAAAUCUUUUCCCUCACAAGUUAUUGUAUAUUAUUGUUCAAAUCUACGGAGAUUUAUAAAUAUAUAGCUCAAUUUUUCGUAAAGUGGUCUGAGAGCAAUUUAAAAGAAUAGGCUUGUAAUGUCUACCCUUGAAAAUAGCUAUAGAGCAGUUCGGAAAUUAUGUAUGACGUCCUUGAGUAUUUAUAAAUAGGUGAUGUACUUUGCAUCGUGAAAGUCGGUUUUUAGUUCGCGAAGAAACACCUCAGGGAUUUAUCGAUGCAAAUACAAUACUUCACGAAGAACAUUUUAAUGGUACUUAUCAAUGAUCAGCCCCUUUUACAUUAAAAAGGACGUAUCUAGACGCAAUUCUUGUUUAUGAAUAGGUAUACAAACAUUGCUAAAACGGAACAGUAGCAGUGUUUCUCCUGAUGCUUGAACUUGGAAUCUGAUUUUUGCAAAAUUAUUUUGGCAGUUGGUUUCUUUGGUUUUUGUAACAAAACUCCAAAUAAUACAUAAAGAGAAUAUACCUAAACAACACAAAGUGUUUACUUAUGAAUACAUACCGUAGUAUAUAAAAUAAUAUAUUUUAAGUAAAUUCUAAACAUUACUUUGCAGAAAACAAAAGUGAAUAAAAAAAAGGCUUUAUCACUUGAAGGGCACAAACACAUAGUAGUAACUUAGUUGCUUAGUAACUUAGUUACUACUGAAGUAUAAAUCAUGAACAAAUAUAGUAGCUACUUGAGAUAAAAGAUAUGAUUCAUUAAUGAUGAACAAACACGAGAUCAGUAUUUCACUUGUUAUUCAUUCAGUAGCUCCUUCAGUAGUUUACUAAGUCUUACAGAUAUAACAGAUAUAGUAAUAAUUACAGUAAUUGCUUGACAUGAAAGAUGUCAUGAUUUAUUAAUGAUGAUUGAACAUGAACAGUAUGUAACUAAGACUUAAUUUGUGGUAAAUUAAUACUUAAGUAAUAGCAUAAUAUUACAUCAUCUGUGCCCCCUCAAGUAAAGUGUUAUUAAAGGUUUGUAUUUAAAAAAUAUGCUCAGGAUACUGUUCCAAAGGCUUUAUUCUAGGGGUCUCCCAGAGAGCUUAAUGUCCUGGUAGAGGUCUUCAUUGUUCAGAGCUGCAGAGGUGGACAUUUCAGGUUCUGAAAGUAAAAAUCCAGACCAAGAUUUUGUUUCAACCAACCAGUUGAGUUCAUUGUGACUCUGACUCUUUAUACUCAACUGGUUGGUUGAAACAGAAUAUUGGCCUGGAUUUUUACUUUCUGGACCUGAAAUGUCCACCUCUGCAGAGCUGUAUUCCAUUCCCAGGCACUGCUUGUUCUACUCAUUUCAUGCUGGUUUAAUAUGUGUAUGAUGCACAGAGACUCUUAAGCUUUUGUUCGUUUGCAUGUUAUGAUACAAUGUGUCACACUGGUCCACAUGAUGUUGUUGCUUGAAUCAGGACGAGGUCAGUUACACAACUCCUAGGUGCUGACAGUUUACAGAUGGCAGCAUUGGAAAGCAUUUGGGUAAUUUUGUGGUGACGUUCCUACAUUUCCUGUAUACAAACAAGGCAGAUGGAUAAAAUAAAUAAGAAAAUAAAGAAAAAAAAGAAACACUCAUGCAUAAGAGUCAACAAAAUUAACCCUAUAUGAUGAAUCCUCCCUAAUUGCAUAUGUUGGCCAGAUAACUGUUACAUUUGUUCAUUUACUGUAUUUCUCGGUUUGGCUAUUCUUAGCUUGUUCAUUUAUGUUGAUCUGCAAAAUAGAGAUCCUGAUAUUUAUGAAACCGACAUUUUAGCCAUUCCCAGCGUUUCUGUUAUAGAGGAAAAAGAACGGACAUCAUCAGCAGGCCUGCGGUGGAGGAGACCCAGCAUGAGCAUGAUGGAUCCUGAGGUAUCAGUGCUUCUACACUGCACACCUUGGAAAGGCUUGAGAGAAGGACAAGUACGAGUGGAGCUCUCGACCAGGUUUGAGCCCUCUGCUUCCCAGCUUCCUGUAUUGAAGAGCUAACCAGUUUUUUCCUACAAUAGUGGAAAUGCAUAUAAUCAUUUACCCUCUGAACAGGACCAUUGUUUUUCAUGCCAUGAUGUCACUGUGUGGAUUGCAGCACAAUAGUGUGAUAUGUUUCAACUUUGUGCUACAUAAUGAAGAAAUAAAUGCCAAAUAAAAAAACAGAACUGCAACCUAAGCUUCACAAGAAGCUCCUCGUGUGUAUCACUAAUGGAAGGUCUGCUAGACUUUCUUUCCCAAUGGCUCACAGGUACAACCGCCAUUGCCUGCCAGGGCUUGAGCAGCAGAUUGAGGAGGUAUGGAGAGAGCGAGUCACCUGUGAGCCCUGGCUGUUCAACGGGGCUAAAUUCAGACUGCAUUCAGCCACUUUUACACCCAAGUUCCAUAACAAGCCUGAAGCAGACAGAAACGAGAAGGAGCAACAAGGAGAAGCUCAUGCAGCAGAUGUCCACUGCAUGCUCUGUCUGCCACCGGGUCAGGCUGGAUGCAACGGGCCACAAAAGUGGGUCAGUGGUGCCGAAGGGGGAGGGACAACGCAACAAAGAGGCAAGACUGAGCCAGACCAGACACAAAGAACCACUGAAAAUACAAACGGGGCAGGAGCAUGCAAAUGUAGAGACCAGAAGACAGUAGAUGUGCUGAACAGUGUCAGCUUGCAUGCGUACACAUGGACACCUGGCGCGGUAAUGCAUUCAGCAAAUGUCAGUGAAGCCCAGAGAGAAUCAUCACAUUGUGCCUCAGCAUAUCUCUCAGUGUGCCAGGGCAAACACCCCGUUCUCACCCUGCACCUUGGCCUGACCUGCUACAAGGAUUUCCUUGGGACCAACUGGUCCAAGAAUGUAGAGGAUCUUGUGAGACAGGGAACAAGCCAAUUUGGAGACCCAAGUUCUUUACUGGCCCAGCCCUUGGGGGUUGGCGCGGUUCUGCGGACCUCUGACAAUCUGGUGGUGUUUCUCAGAAGGAGCCAAAAAGUGGCAGAAGCAUCAGGACUUCUGGACAUUCCAGGAGGACAUCCAGAACCUAAGGCCGUGUGCAUGGGGGUGAACGAGGACAGCAUCCGUGUGGAACAGCUGCCACAGGAGGCUGUAGUGAGAGAGCUCUUCUCCUCUGUUCAGGCUGAGAUCCGGGAUGAGGUGAACAUUCCCCUCAGCUGCCUCAGCGAGCCUGUCCUCAUGGGCAUCGCCCUUAAUCACACCAGUGCCGGCCGACCCAGCGCAGAGUUCUACAUUAGCUGCUCCCUCACUGCCCAGGAAGUGAAGGAUUUCUACUUGCAAGGUGGCCCAGAAGCCAGUGAGUCCACGGAUAUCGUCUUUCUCAGUAGACGGGAGGCACUGCAGUUGAAUGAGAGCGCCCCCCUGUGGUCUGAUCUGUGUCCAUCCGCAAAAGGAGCAGUGCUGCUGUAUCGCCUUGUUCUUCCUGACCAGGACUGAUUGGCAGCAGAGCCAAGACAUGAAAAACAGUUAAUAUGUUUAAAUAAGUGCAAAAUCAAGCACAGUAACUCAGGACAAAUGCAGUCAAGAAAAAUGGAUAUAUGAUCUCAUUACAUCAUAAGUAAAGUUAUAAAUGUGUGCUGUACAUAUUCUUUUCAUUAAUGAGUGUUUGUAUUGUUUAAAGCAAACACAUGGAUUUAAAUAUAUUUUUGUACAUUU